AGAAGUCCUGUUCCCCACAUUCUUCUUCGUCUUCUUCCCGCUCUCCUUUUCUUCUACUCGGUUACGUUUCCCUUUCCACCAACAGAGCUUGAUUAAUUCAAUUCACUCACACUUUAUAGAAGCCAUGAGGUCUAAUACUGCAGCCGGAACCAUGAAGUUUCUCUGUAGCUAUGGCGGCAAGAUUCUUCCACGUCAAACCGACGGUAAACUUCGUUACGUUGGUGGUCUUACAAGAGUUCUAGCCGUCGAUCAUUCCGUAACGUAUUCUGAGUUAAUGGUGAAGCUUGUAGAAUUCUGUGGUUCUUCCGUUACGUUGAAGUGCCAAUUGCCAGACGGAGACUUGGAAAUGUUGAUUACAGUUAGAUCCGACGAGGAUUUGGCCAAUAUCGUCGAGGAAUACGAUCGUGCUUCUUCGUCGUUGUUGCAUCCUCUUAAAAUCAGAGCCAUUCUUGCGCCUCCAAAAUCUCUUAAAAAAGUUUCUCCUCCGUCGAGCGUGUACUUCAAUCUUCCUAAUUCUCCCUGCUACAGCGCGGAUUCGCUUCCGAGCUCGCCACAGUACGCAAUCAACGAUCGGAUCUCUUCUCCUUCGUACAGAUACAUCCGUCGGAUCCCCUCGCCUCCAAGUAAAUACUUCGUCGGACAGCGUAAUUGCCAUGGAAGAAAUUGUUGCCAUGGGAGCCCUAGGUCUUUGUACUCAUGCCCUCACUGGCACUGAUACAAAAUCCCUAAACUCGAGGCGAAGACUCCAUAUAAAGCACAAACCCUAGGUAGAUGAUGACAAAAGAGAAAACAGAACAAAAUAGUUUUUAGUUUUGAUUUGUGAUUGGUUGAUUAUUGGAACAUAGUUUUAAAACUCGUUCGAAUUCAUUAAUUGUUUGCUUGAAAAGAAAAUUGAUUAAUCCAUCAGAAGUUUUUCGAAA